AUGUUAAAUGUUCGGGGUUUGUUAAGCAUCAUUACUCCGCUUAUAAUUUUUUUCAUUCAGAUCAUAGUGGAUGGUGUGGAGUCGUGGCGGCACAUUGGCAAGUCACUUUAUGUUGUGUUUUGCUUCUUCACUGGAAGAAGCCAUUUAAGUUAUCCCCCAGGUCUAACGGCCCUCAGGAGGAGGAAGGCAAUGUUUGUGCGCCAUCGCCGUAGCGGAAACAGUGAAGGAAUGCGUGCAUCAUCCAGUGGACUUUCGGCUUCAGAGGCAUACAACAUAUCAUUUGAUGUUACCGAUGAGUCAGAGGCGGCUAGUGGAAGAGAUGAUGGGGAGAAGCGGUCAGAUGGGUCAGUCAGCGAAAACUGCAGUGAAAGCAACAUAGGCUCUGACUGCUGGGUACCACGCCUCGUACGGGGGCACUUUAGGGGCGAUGUAACAUUACUUUUGCAAAAUCCACGUACCAGAAAACUUGUAUCACCGUGUUAUCACCUUUGCUACUCUGAGAGUUUGUACCAUCUGGUAUGCAACGUCGUGGGACCCAUCCAGCCGCCGACCAUAUCGGGACUUCCGGGGAGGCACACGGCACCGCAGUGGCCACCGCACGCCAGCAGCCGCUCAGCUUUUCGGCAUGGUCUGAGGGAUGAUGAUAUUACCUUAACCACUGAUGAGUACAGCAGUUCUGCAAGCCCUCAGCAGGGUACACUGGGAGCCAGGGCUAGGAACAUUCGCGUGCUUUCUGGUGGUGUAGCUCCCACUGGCAUUACUGUUUCUAGUAGAAUUAUUCCCGGUGUGACAUCGGUUGUUUACAGGCGUGAGAGCAGCAAGCGGGUGGACUUUAACCGCAAGGUUGAGCCAAGGACACAACCCCAACCUAUCGCCUCAAUCACCGCGCAUCACGUGUUGUCCUAUCAAGCAACGCGGCAGAAGGUUCUUAUUGUUGACCUGGACGAGACGCUGUGUUUCGUGUCAACGAAUGUAAACGCCUCCUGUCAACCACCAUCUUUUUCCGAGGUGAUUCCAACGGCCUCUGGAGCCGAGCUCUUUCACGUAUGGGAGAGACCGUACGUCCGUUUAUUUAUUCAGACGGUAGCGAAGCUGUUCAACCUCGUUCUCUUCACGUCCUCUACAAAACCCUACGCGGACUCAAUCUUGCGCCGUCUGGACCCAGAUCACCGCAUUGGGCGUCGUUAUUACCGACAGCACUGUCGGCAGGUGAGGCGCUUUGCUGUAAACCAGUUGGUAACUCAAACUGAUGCGUCUGAAAUAUUCACUCCAAGGGAAUCUAAUCCUGGAAACAGCUCAGACUGCCGCACUCCCUCGUCCAGCUCCGCAACGAUUACGGAUGCUCGCCCUGCAGCUCCUCUGAGAUCUUCGUUUUAUGCCAGUACACCCGAAAGAGGCGGGCAGGCAGUUGGUGCUUCCAGCGGCAAACCGUGUUGCCUAGGAGAUAUGAUACUUGUUAAGGAUAUUCGUAUUCUUAAGGUGCCUCCUGAGCUAAUGAUAAUGAUUGAUAACUCGGAGGAGUGCGUCUCGGCAAACCGUGACAAUGCACUGCUUAUUCCACCCUUUGCACCGCCUACUUCGCCUGAUGCCGCUAAUGGUGAUACGCGAGAUGGUGUAUUGCUUGCCCUGAUGCCAUUGCUCGAGGCCCUGUUGGUCGUUCCGGAUGUAAGGUCGGUGUUGCGGCAUGGUCGGCUGGGGAGCUAA